AAGAGGAGGCGGGACUUAGCAUUACCAACGAGGUGGUGAGGGCUGUUCCGUACAUGGUUAUCGGAUGAGACAGAGCAGAAAGUUUACAGCACAUGAAACUGUCAGAAUGAAUGGGACCGCUUAUUCCAACUUUGACAAUCAAGAACACGUCUUGAAGUUGGGAGAGACGUUUGAGAAACACCCUAAAAGUGCCUUCCACACAGUGCGAUACGACUUCAAACCAGCCUCCAUCGAUACAACAUGUGAAGGGGAGCUGGAAGUGGGCAAAGGAGAGCAGGUCACAAUCACUUUGCCCAACCUAGAGGGUUCAAGUGCUCCAGUGACGGUCUUCAAGGGAUCCAAGAGGCCGUACAUGAAGGAGUGCAUCCUUAUCGUGAACCAUGACACCGGAGAGUACAGACUGGAAAAACUCAACAGUAACAUAGCUGUGAAGAAGACCAGGGCUGAAGGCAGCAGCAAGAUCCACUCUCGCCUGGAGCAACAGACCAGCCGCCUGAGCCAGCAGAUGAAGAGUAACAGCAGCAGUAACAGCAACAAGUCGUCAGCCAGCUCCAAGAGCUCUCCUCCCAAAGAGAAGACGUCUCCAGCAUCCCCCAUGGACGACAUUGAGAGAGAGUUGAUGGCAGAGGCGCGGGUCAUGGACCAGCUGAGCAGUGGCGACAGCUCCUCAGACUCCAACAGCUCCUCGUCCUCCAGCAGCGAUGACAGCUCCAGCAGCAGUGACUCGGAGGACGAGCGGACCUCGGCUCCGCCUGCGGCCCCGGCCAAUCACAGCAUGCCUAUCAUCAACACCAGCAGCAACUCCAACAGUCGCCACCAGGAGAGUGGAGGAGGUCUCAUGAACACACUCAAGAGUGACCUCCAGCUGAGUGAGUCAGGCAGUGAGAGUGACUGAACAACACAAUGACAUCUGACACCUGCGGACGCCAGGAGGAACCGCGCACAGACCUGCUCCCUUUACCGUGGGACUGUCCUCUCUACAUAUCUACAAAUAUCAUUUGUUGCUUCUGCGCCAACAAGCUUCAUAUUUUCUGUCACAUUUGUUUCUUCGUGAUGUUUCUGUUUUGUGUGAAGAGUACGUGUGAAAGAGAUGCCUUAGCUCAGAGAGAUGUGAUGUGGUCCUUGUAAGGGAAGCAGUAAAUCAUGACAAACCAUCAUCUCACUGGAUGCACGUGUGGUUCAACUGACCGAUCACAUCAGAGGCAGAAUGACAGUGGCGUUCAUGUAGCAAAGAUGGAGGUUUUCUGCCCUCCAGUCAGUCGUCUUAAACCACCACUGGAGCCCCUGCGGAUCAGUUUAGCAAUAUUCAGACCUUUUGUUGUGCCUCAGGUCAGCUGCAGCCGUUUCUGAUUAGAGACGAUGACAUAUAAUUUUUUUAGGAUGAGCCAAAGUAAAACGAGUCUUCUGCUUUUGUCUUAAAGAGUUCUAGUUUAUUUGGGCUGUCAGGGCUUUUGCUUUUGAUUGUCGAAAACCCUCAAAUAUUUUAAUUUAAAGCUGCAUUAAUGACUUUUUUUGUUUUGUUUUGUUGUAUUGGUCACUUUACGGGAAGUGAAACAUGUGAAAGAUAUAAUUUAUGUCUGGUAUCUCUUUGGGAACGUUACAUUGCAAAAGUGCUUUCAAACAGUUGCUUAUUUACACAUCCAAAAGUCCCAGGUUAACUUUAUCAUUAAUUUAUGUGUCUGAGAAAUUCAAGUCCAGUGUCCGCUUCAAGAAGUCAGAAAGGUGACUGAUGAUUACCCACCCCCCCAUUCACAUCCCACCCACUCAUUUUAUUCAUUAUUAAGAUAAAGAUAUAGAUUAUUGAAGCCUUAAGAUUGAAGCCUUGUAUGUUGUGAAGUCUCGGUGUGAUAUCUGGCAGAGUAGUGCGCUAGUGUUCAGUUGACUCACCUUGGGUCAUGCUUUGUAGCUUUAAACCUGCAAUACUUGAAUCUAAUUAACUAUUUAUAUUUCAAAAUAUAUUUGACCAACGAUGGAUUGCUUAAUAUAUUUUAUAUAUAUUUUAUUAGCCAAGCAAUCAGAAGCGAGAGUUAGUAUGAAGUGUAGUGCGUAACAAGCCAGAUUCUUUGAUAGUGCGCAGCAGUGUGAGUCUGACAGAACUUCAUGUGCCUUCUGUUAUCACCCUGGGUCCUCCUUCACCCUCAUGUCACUGCUGACAGGAAGCUGCUGUUUAUGUUCCAGCAUGUGUUGAUCAUCCCAGCUGACUGACACAGUCAAGUCAUUUGUUGAGCCUUAAGGAGAAAGAUUGCCUUGGAGCAUCAUUUGUAAACUAUUUCAGAGAAAUUUCUUUGUAGAAAAUAAAGAUUUUAACAGUU